AUGACUGUUCAUGUUCAGGCCGCCAUAGCCAAAAGCUUAGCUCCUCCAACCUCAACUUUAUGGAACACCCAGUUGAGAGAGUUCGCCAAGCAAUGUCUAUUCUCCGAUGCUCUCCAUCUUUAUCGUCGGAUGCUACGUUCCGGUCAAUCCCCCAACGUUUUCACAUUCCCUUUCGUUCUCAAGUCUUCAGCAGCCCUUUCGUUCUCCGUCACUGGAGCCCUCCUCCAUGGCCAUGUUCUCAAAACUGGGUGUGAGCCCGAACCAUUUGUGCAGACUUCUUUGAUAUCAAUGUACUGUAGAUUCUCUCAAGUUGAGAAUGCGCGUAAAGUGUUUGAUGAAAAUCCUGAGUCGAGAAAGCUUACUGUUUGUUAUAAUGCUUUGAUAUCUGGGUACAUUUUGAACUCAAAGUUUUUGGAUGCGGUUGUGUUGUUUUGUAGGAUGAGGGAGGAAGUUGUGUCAGUUAAUUCAGUUACCUUGUUGGGUUUGAUCCCUGGUUGUUUUUCACCUGUGGAUUUAGAUCUUGGGAAGAGUCUUCAUUGUUGUAGUAUCAAAAUUGGAUUGGAACUUGACUCGUCUGUUGGAAAUUGUUUGCUUACAAUGUAUGUAAAAUGUGGCUCAGUUGAGUAUGCUCGAAAAGUGUUUGAUGAAAUGCCUGAGAAGGGUUUAAUUACUUGGAAUGCCAUGAUAUCUGGGUACUCACAAAACGGAUUCGCCACCCGAGUUUUGGAUCUUUACAGGGAGAUGAAGCUUGUUGGUGUUUCUCCUGACCCUGUGACUCUUGUUGGGGUUCUGUCUUCUUGUACUCACCUUGGUGCCCAUGGUGUUGGCCGUGAGGUUGAACAACGAAUUGAGCUAUGUGGCUUUGGUUCCAAUCCCUUUUUGAUGAAUUCCUUGGUUAACAUGUAUGCUAGAUGUGGAAAUUUGGUAAAAGCUCAUUCAAUUUUUUCUUCAAUGAAAGAAAGAAGUUUAGUAUCAUGGACAGCAAUCAUAGGGGGAUAUGGAAUGCAUGGACACGGGGAGCUUGCUGUGAAACUCUUUGAAGAAAUGAUAAAAGCUGGAAUCAAACCAGAUAAAACAUUGUUUGUAACCAUUCUUUCUGCCUGCAGCCAUUCCGGAUUAACUGAUAGGGGGCUAGAAUAUUUUGCUACAAUGGAGAGAAGCUAUGGCUUGCAGCCAGGUUCAGAGCAUUACUCUUGCGUGGUUGAUUUGUUAGGCCGAGCAGGGCGAUUAAAGGAAGCCGAGGAACUCAUUCGGUCAAUGAAGGUAAAGCCAGAUGGUGCAGUGUGGGGAGCCCUCUUGAAUGCUUGUAAAAUUCACAAAAACGUAAAGCUAGCAGAGUUAGCUUUUGAAAGAGUUAUUGAGCUUGAACCUGCCAAUAUAGGUUACUAUGUUUUGUUAUCGAAUAUAUAUUCGGAUGCAGAGAAUUCAGAGGGUGUAUUAAAGGUUAGAACGAUGAUGAGGGAGCGAAAGCUUAGAAAGGAACCAGGUUACAGCUAUGUCGAAUUCAAAGGAGAAGUUCAUAUUUUCUUGGCUGGUGACAGAACUCAUCAACAAACAGAUGACAUAUAUAGAAUGUUGGCUGAACUAGAAAGUUUAGUAAGAAAACUUUGUGAGUCUAAUGGGAUUGGUGGCAAAAUGAAAAACGAACAACAUUUGAUCGGUGAGAAUAAUGUUCAUAGCGAGAAACUGGCGAUUGCAUUCGGGCUUUUGAAUACUCUUCCUGGGAUGGAGAUCAUUGUGAUAAAGAACUUGAGGGCAUGUGAUGACUGUCACUUGUUUUUAAAGUUGGUUAGUAAAAUAGCAGACCGUGAGUUUAUUGUUAGAGAUGCAACUCGUUUCCACCAUUUCAAAGAUGGGGUUUGUUCUUGUAGAGAUUACUGGUAAAAACAUAAAUGUUUACUUACAAUACAAACUACCCAUGUUUGUUUGUGAUAAAAAAGAAACUACCCUUGUUUGUUA